AUGAGACUCUUAAUCUUUGUCUUUCUCUUAUUAUUGGUACCAGCACAAGAAGCUACAUGCUUCAACAAACAUGCACCACCACCUUUGUCACAUUUCAGCAACAAGUUUAAGGAUAGAAUGACCAUUGUCAAGUCAUCUCAACCACCCUCUGCAUCUCCAUCUACCAAAAUGAGUGGGAGAGUGGUGUACCCAGUUGAGUAUGGUGCAGACCCCAGUGGUGCACAUGAUAGCAGUGAUGCAAUUCUGAAAGCUGUUGGAGAUGGUUUUGCAAUUGAGAGUGAAGUUGAGUUGGUGGGAAGAGUUAGAGACCUUGGAGGGGUUGUGAUUGAUCUGCAAGGUGGAAACUACACAAUCACCAAACCCAUCCAAUUUCCUUCUUCUGGGGGUGGCAAUGUUGUGGUAAAGGGGGGAACAUUGCGAGCUUCUGAUUCAUUCCCCACUGAUAGGCAUCUUGUUGAGUUAUGGGCGUCAAAUUCACAGAAGCUUCCAAAAACAUCAGUUUUCAACAGCAUGAAACUUCGACAAAGUGAUGGUGUUUAUUAUGAAGACAUAACAUUUAGAGACAUUCUCUUUGAUUCUGGCUUCAGGGGUGGAGGGAUAUUCAUUGUUGAUUCUGUGAGAACAAGGAUCAACAACUGCUUUUUCCUGCACUUUGCCACAGAAGGGAUUCUAGUUCAAGGUGGCCAUGAGACAUUCAUAUCAAGCACUUUCCUUGGGCAGCACUCAACAGUUGGUGGAGACAAAGGGGAGAGGAAUUUCUCUGGCACUGCCAUUGAUCUUGCCAGCAAUGACAAUGCAAUCACAGAUGUUUCAAUUUUCUCUGCAGCCAUAGGAAUUGUCCUUAGGGGCCAGGCCAACAUGCUCACAGGGGUGCAUUGCUAUAACAAGGCCACAGGUUUUGGUGGCAUUGGCAUUUUGGUGAAACUAGCAGGGAAUUCACAGACUAGAAUUGAUAAUUGUUACAUGGACUAUACAGCAAUAGUGAUGGAAGAUCCAGUUCAAGUCCAUGUCACUAAUGGGUUUUUCUUAGGGGAUGCUAACAUAGUUUUGAAGUCAAUUAAAGGACAAAUUUCUGGUUUGAAUAUAGUUGACAAUAUGUUCACUGGGGACCCCAAUAAAAAGGUUCCAAUUGUAAGUCUAGAUGGGCAAUUCAGUAACAUUGAUCAAGUGGUGACUGAUAGGAACAAUGUGGCUGGCAUGAGCUUGAGGUCAACAGUUGGGAAGUUAAUUGUGGAAGGAAAUGGCACAAAAUGGGUGGCAGAUUUUUCCAACAUUUUGCUAUUCCCCAAUAGGAUUAGGCACUUCCAGUACUCCUUUUACGCGCAAGGGGUGACCAAGUUUUUGGCACAUUCUGUGACCAAUGUGACUAAAAAUGUUGUAGUUGUGGAAAGUGAGAAACCAGCUCAAGGGGUUGUUUCCUUCUUGGUUGAACAGUGA